AGGAGCCAGACAAGCUGGGAGACUGGCGUGGCUUCCAUGAUGCAAAACAGUCACAGUGGAGUAAACCAGCUGGGCGGUGUGUUUGUGAACGGGAGGCCUCUACCUGAUUCUACCAGGCAGAAGAUAGUGGAGCUGGCGCACAGUGGGGCUCGACCCUGUGACAUAUCCAGAAUAUUGCAGGUGUCUAACGGCUGUGUAAGUAAGAUCUUGGGCCGGUAUUACGAGACCGGUUCGAUUCGUCCUCGGGCCAUAGGAGGCAGUAAACCCAGGGUCGCCACUCCUGAGGUGGUGGGAAAGAUCGCUCUGUACAAGAGAGAGUGUCCGUCAAUUUUCGCUUGGGAGAUCAGGGACCGACUGCUGGCAGAAGGGGUCUGCACCAACGACAACAUACCCAGUGUUUCAUCCAUAAACCGGGUGCUCAGGAACUUGACCAGUGACAAGCAGCAGAUGGGCACAGUGGGGGUUGAGGGGAUGUUUGACAAACUCAAGAUGCUCAAUGGACAAACCACCUGGGGAGGACGGUCGGGGUGGUAUGCCGGGACUACGCUCACUCCCACUGAGUGUCCACAGGCAGAGGCAGCGGAGAGCACCAUAUCAGUCAGCUCCAACGGGGACGACUCGGAGGAGACUCAGAUGAGACUGCAGCUGAAGCGGAAACUACAGAGGAACAGAACGUCUUUCACACAAGACCAGAUAGAAGCACUGGAGAAAGAAUUUGAAAGGACUCACUAUCCAGAUGUGUUCGCCCGAGAACGCCUUGCCAACAAAAUAGAUCUUCCAGAGGCAAGAAUACAGGUUUGGUUUUCCAACAGACGAGCAAAGUGGAGACGAGAGGAGAAGCUGAGAAACCAACGUCGUCAGGUGUCCAACUCCUCCAGCCACAUCCCCAUUAGCAGCAGCUUCAACGCCAGUGUUUACCAGCCUCUACCACAGCCUGCGACACCAGUGUCCUUCUCAUCAGGAUCUGUGUUGGGGAGGCCAGACCCAGUUCUGUCCAACAGCUAUAGCAUACCAGCCAUGCCCAGCUUCAGUAUGGCAGCCAGCCUGCCCAUGCAAGCAUCCAGCCAUACCUCGUAUUCCUGCAUGCUGCCCACCAGCCCCACUGUAAAUGGAAGAAGUUACGAGACAUAUACUCCUCCACACAUGCAGCCACACAUCAACAGCCAAUCGAUGACAUCCUCUGCAACGUCGUCAACAGGUCUGAUUUCCCCGGGCGUCUCAGUUCCAGUGCAAGUUCCGGGAAGUGAAGCAGACAUGUCACAUUACUGGUCCCGUCUGCAGUGAUGUCACUUCUGACGACAUUGUUUUUUUGCCUGCAGUGAUCAUCAGUAAUCAAGACUGAAUGGGUCAUCAAAGCUUGCUUUAUCCCUAGUUUACAACUUCAAUGUGAAAAAGACCCGUUAUUGAAUGAAAGCCACGGCACCACAGCAAAUGAAUAUGAAGAAAUUAGACUCAUUAAUGCUCGCAAGAAAAAUAUUCAAACCAAAUUCUGGAGACAAGCAGGAAAGAGGGAGUUUGAGCGCUCCUUCCAGUAGAAAGCUUUUAAUAUUAGUGUAAACUUUUGCAGGUUCUGCUGCAACUGGAUCAAAGGUCUUGAGGAGUCUUCUCUCCACAUCUGCGUGGCUGGUAGGACACUGGCACUGGCCCAGAAUGAAAAGCUCCAGCCUGAGCUGUACUCAGGAAGCUCAGGAAGGUGGACCGUCCUUGGGGAGAAUGAACUCCAAACUGGAAUAAACUGGUCAGUGUCCAUUGGGACAUUCUGUGGGACAGCAUAUUACCUCUACUUUAAGUUCCUUAUUUAUAUCAUGUUGGUGUAUUUUUAGCAAAAACAAAAAUGUCGACUUGAGAGUAAAGGGAAUCAUUUAAUGAAACUUGAAAAAGAAUUGUCUGCUGUGAAUUUGUUUCAUCAGCAGAUCCCAAAAUCCCUGGCCUGGGAUGUGUACAGAAUUUCAGAAUGUGGAAUCUGGUGGUCUGUGUUUGGUAUUGUAAAAGCCCUGACAUGGAUGGAAUCUGGAUGGAGGUUAAGUUUGUUCUAAUUCCAAAAGCUCCAACGUCCAGAGAUUUGACAGUGAAAUGGAGACAGAACAGAAAACACUUUGCUAGCUUAUAAAAACAGUAAACAUUAGAUUGUGCCGGGAUGUAAAUCUGUUUCUUAUUUCAAAGUGUCAAGUAUUUGUCUUCUCCAGUGGUCUGGAAGGGUUUCCUUAAUAAAGUUAUUUCAAUUAUCUUC